GCCGCAAGUGCAGCCCUACAAAGCAAAAGACCAAAAAAUAAUAAUAAUAAAUAAAAAACAAAUUGGAAUGACACAGGCCAGGAGGUGAGGGCCCCAAGGUGGGGUGGCCCACCAGACAGGCUCUGUUACAGCGACAUCUGACUGGGCAAAAGCCACCCACACAGCACUGUGUCACAGGACUUGAAGAGGCUACUUCCAGGUGCGGCCAGGCCAGGCCCUGCCUCCACUCAAGAGCCUUGGGGAUAAGGAGGGCUUUCUGCCCAGAGCCCUGUCCUCUGUGGGCCCAGCAGGCUGCAUGUCAGCUCCCCCUGCCCCACCCCCAGACACAGGAAACAGCUUGUGUGCAGGCUGCACCCACCAGCUCCCAAGCGGGGGCCCGGUGCCUGAGCCUCCAGCAAUGGGGACCAGUGUGGGAUGUGCCCUCGGGCUCCCAGAAAGAGCCUGGAAUCUAGAAAUCUAGUUUGGAGGACACCUCACGUGCCGGAGGGGGUCCUAGGAACUGCCAGGACAUCGGAGGAGCAGAGACAAGCUGCCCUACACGCAACCACACAUAGGAUCCCGAGGCUCCUGGUCCCGGUGACACUAUUUGUGCUUCCUAAGCAUCACGGGAAUUAAAGGAUCCUGGUGUCGUGACACAUGGGCCUGGCCAGGACCCAAUAAGUGAAGUGUCCCACAGACAUUUCACUCACGUGGACAAGACCCAGCUGGGCAGGGUCAGCCAACGGCGCCUGGAGGACGGGGCGCUUCCCCAGAGCAACCUUGGACCGUUUGGGCUGCGCCUGCACCCGUGCUCACAGGGACCAGCCAGGCUUCUCACUGUCACCGUUCUCUUCUGGGCUGCCUCCUCUGGAAUCACCAUCAGAAGAAAACUCAGAAGAAAGGUCACAGUUCCCUGACCCCUACACUGACCAGCCCAGACCCUACCCUUGCUGCCCCCAUGGAGGCCGCCAUGGAUUGGUUCUGGAAGCUUCCUCUCCCGCCCCCUUCCUUUGGGACUGCAUUUCUGCCCCUGUCAGCUUUUGCUUGGCUGCGUGUCCAGCAUAUGUCCCAGCAGAGCCACCAACGGCGGGGGCAGCAAAGGUCACAGAGACGGGAGAGUCACUGCUGCUCAGGAGCAGGACUUCUCAGGCGCUGGGCCACUGAGGACAAGACACUAACCCGAGUGGAGACCAGAGGAGAGCCCUUCACAGCACUGAGCUUCAUCAGCCCACUGUCUCACCUGCCUUCCGAGACACGAGAGACAGAGACGGCAGCUUCCAGCUCAUCAGGUGAAGGGCAUGUAAGAUGCCCCCCCAGCUCCCCCCGGGGGCCACCUCCCAAGUCCAGGGGUGUGAGCUGCCAACACUGGAGGACGUGCUCGCCUGUGGGGAUUUCAUCCGGUUGGAAAGCGGGUCCCGGCGCUGUGCAGUCAGCUGCUCCCGUCCGUCCCAGGGCCAGAGCACAGGGUGGGGGGGCUUCGGCGUCUCCAGGGAGCUCGAACCGGUGGCUUCCUUCACCACAACGCGGCAAAAAUAAAACCUCCCACAGUAAGUGACCGAAUCAAAAUAGCGUUUCUUUUUUUGGUUCAUGGCUGCCCCACAAAGGCCUGGCUUCACGAUCCGCCGACACCAGGGCCCAGAGCACCUGGUUCCCCCUGUCCCGGCCGAGGGUCCAGGUGGACAAGAGGCCUCCUGGGGCAGCCGCCUCGAGCUGCCAGCUGAGGACCUGCGGGGCAAAUGUGCCCAGCCGCCGCGGGGGCGCUGCCCGGGCACAGACACGGGCGCCCACGGCCGCGCGAGGCCAGGGUCCCUCCGGCCAACAUGCCACAUGGACCAGGUGCAGCCACUUCAAGGCUGGGGCUGCGGGCUUUCCACGCGGACGCCAGCAGGCUUCCCUGGGCGCCUCACCGCUGGGGACGCGGGGCUGGAGACGCUGAGAGCCGCUCUGGGGGCAGAGACGAGAGUCAGCACACAUGUCCUUCACGGAGCGCGUCCCCCGCGUCACCUCGCAGCCGCCGCAGCGGGAGACGGGCACCCCCAUCCUCAGAUGGGGCCUGGAGGAGCCACGCCCGGCGGCCAGCCUGCCCCCGGACUCCCGCAGCCCUUGGCUGCUGCCGUCCAGAAAGGCCUGGCGCCUGUGGGCCCGGACCUAAGGGAAAUCAACCACUCCAGCUGCCGAGGGCUGGCCCCGCGGGGCCGGCGUGUCGCCAGCCCGAAGUUCAAGCCGCAGAAGCCGGCCGUGAUUCCACCCACCUCGUCUACGCGGAGGCGGAGCAUCUCGGGGCAUUUCCACGAGCUCCCCAAAGCCCGAGCCCCAGCUGACCGAAAUGAGUGCACGCUGGGGCUCUGAGACCGGCCCUCCUCACCACUUGGGGCCUGGGGGGCAGGACGGAGGGAGGGACCCCUUCUCUCUGUGCGCCCGCCCCUCAGGAAGCCAACAUGCCGGCAGCACGUCUGCCUGUGUCCCCAGUGGUCACAGGAAGAGGAUGGCACAGGUUGGCACCGCCUGAGCUGACCGUCUGAGACCCCAAGCCAUUGUCCAACCGGCACAGAUUAGUUAGAACAGGGUCUUUGCUUUUGGUGGAAUUAUGUGGAAUCAGAUUUGGGACACAGGCCAUCCAACACUCCACAGCUGUUCUCUUUGGCAAUGAAAUAUGCCUUUGAUGGGCAAAAUGGUAAAACAUAUCAAAGUAAAAAUGAGCAUAGGUUUAUGAGGAAAAUAAUAAAAGUUCUUUGAUGAUGAAAAGAUUGAGAAUAUCACUGUUCUUGAUAAAUUCAGAUAACUCUAGGAAGCCUGAGGAUUGGAGCAACUUUGAAAAAGGGGCCACUCCUGAUGUGAUGAGAUCAAGCAAACGGGUAGGGAAACCGUUCCUAUUUAAGGGUGAAAGAAAAUUAUGAACAGCCGGACUUGCUCAUGAUCAAAUAAUGUAAUUAAAAUCAUCGCUUUACCCAUUAUGUCGUAAAAUAUCCAUGAUGAAUUGUGGUAAACAGGCUUUUCAUACCUCAAGGGCAUUGACAUCGGUUGUUUGGGGGGAAGAGAUGUGACAUUUGGCAAUGAGUGCCAAGAACAAAGUCACACUCAGGCUCUUCGACUUAGUAAUUGGUGUGGCAGCUGGGAGAGCUGUUGGCCGGUGUUAUUAUAGCAGCAGGAAUUUCCUAAAUAAAUGCUUUAUGGCAUAUUAAGCAGUCUUUUAAAAUGAUGUUUUGAAGACUGUAGUAAUCAUAUGAAGACGUUAUCAUAUGAAGCUGAUGAAAUUCCCAUCCAGUCCAAGGCUUAGGCAGGAAGGCCCCAUUAGUGCAUGAGUGGCUGCAGCCUCUCACGAGCAAAGAUUUUGAAACCUCAACACCUCUGACUUCAUCCCAGCCAGAACCCAGAUUGGGACUUGAACCCAUGUGCCAGGACUCGAA